AAGUACGUGAAUUGCCAUAAAUUACGGCCAAAAAUGUUUGCAUUUUUUACAUAAAAACGUGUUUUUGUUUACACUUUGAAAUCGUGUCGUAAUUAUCGGUCACUUAAUUGUCGCCAAAUUAAUGACAAUUUAGUGAUAAUUAAGUGAGAAGUAUAGCCAUUAGAUCCCAAUCCACGCCACCAUAUCAUCAGACAAUGCCAUCGUAUGAGCUAUUCUUCAUCACAAAGCGUUUAAGUAAAAAAGAGUUGGUGUCGUGUCUGAAGAGGACGGGAGAACUGAUACUCAACUCUUCGGGUAUACUCCGGAAGUUGGAAAAUCUGGGCACUCGUCAGUUGCCGUUCAAACUCCGGACACCUGUUCCCGGAUCCAAGAGAUACGCGUCCGGAAAUUUCUUCCUCUUCCACUGCGAUGUCCCGCCACUCACUAUAUAUAAGAUACACGAAAGCCUACGAAUGGACACCGAUAUCAUGAAAGUGCGGUACACAACGAAAGACACUAAAAUACCCGACGAUUACGAGUGUACGCUCGAGGAGGAGCUCAAACCGCCGGCACUCAGGCCUAGCGUUCAAAUGCUUGUCAAGCAAAACGAGGAACGGAUCAAGAAGUCAAAGCUAACCCCAACAGUGGAUUAGCUUUAAAAAUAAUUCAAUAGAUAGUGUUGUGUUGUUUUCCAUUUAUAUAUUUAAUUAUUAGAAAAUUUACAAUAAAAAUAAUUAUUAUGUAAUUUUAUUUCACAUUUGUGUAGAAAAUAUUUUAGUGUAAAAUAAUUGUUUGUAUUUUUUUGGGGGGAAA